GAGAAACAAGUAUAUGUUAUCUAUUUUCUUAGUAAUUUAAGCUUAAGUAAGACUAAAACGUUUAUGCACCAUGCUGCACAAUAUUGUUUUACAAUACAUCACUAUCAUGUUUAACAAAACAUAUAUAUAUGUCUGCACAUUUAUAAUGAAACUGAAGAGACUAAGUGGAGUUUAUUCAUUUAGCUAAUUAGUGCUCAUGUAAAGGUAAUUAAUUUAGUGUAACAGACAUACAAUGAUUAGAUUUAUAUUGAUCUACUUAAAUAUUGUGUGAUAUAAUGAUUUUAAUUGGUUGACUAGGGCAUGUGCCCCAUUUAUAUAUUCAUUCCUAGAAUUAAGAAAUACAUUGAUCAUUUAAGUUUCUAUUAGAGUAAAGUGUAAUUCAGUGAUUCUGAUUCAAUUUAUAUUUGUAUUUUUAUGUUAAUCAUUUAAAUUCUUUCACAAUAUAAUGAAUAUGUCAUCGGGAACUUUUCAUUUAUCACCUUGUGCACCAAUUACAAAGUUUUUCAAAGAUAAGUCUGUUAAAGAGGUUCGUGAAAACACAUCACAUAUUAAUGCACAUUUGAUCAGUUUUAAAAGAUGGUUACGUUCAAUGCCACACCUUUCUUGUGCAGAUGAUGAUCGAAUAUUCUUGCCAUUUCUACGUCAAGCAAAAUAUAAUCAUUCAGAAGCUCAAAUGCGUUUAGAUAAUUUUAUCACAUUGCGUACAUCACCAGAAAGUCCUGUGGUUAAUUGGUAUGAUCGUUCAACCAUAACUAAUACAAUACUUGAUGAAUAUUUAAACAUGGGCUUUCAUUGUCCAAUUGGAUUCCUUCAUGAUGGGACAUUUUUAUUUCUGAUUCGAAUUGGUUGCUGGAACAAUAAUCGUGUAUCUACCGAGAGUGUACUCAAAUUACUCAUGAUUCAGUUAGAUCGUAUCUUGGAAGAUCCAAGAGUUCAAAUUUGUGGUUUGCGAGUAUUUAUUGAUUUCACCGGUGUCUCACCUUCUCUAUUGGAUACAAUUAAUCCGAAAAAGACCAUUAAAGAUUUAAGUAAAGUAUUACAGGUAGGCGAAUGCAUAAUGAAAGGAUCGAUCAGCGUCUUGAUAGCGAUUUCAAGGUUACAACCCGUCUUUGAACUGAAAAUGCUUACCGUUGACAAAGCGAUAUUGUGUGAUUUUGAUGAAAGCGUGAUUGUACAAUACUUUCAAACUGUAAGUUUGUUGCGAAGAAAAAUGAAGUAUGAUUGGAGUUUGUAAAUUAAUAAAGAUGUUUUCGAAAUGAAGCAUGAGGAUUGUUUUCAAAUGCAACUGUUGCUACAGAAAAUGUUCAUUAGAACAAAUUACAUCAAGGCUGAUUUUAACAUAAAUGGUGUUACUGGUAAUAUAAUGACUGUUGGGCCAGCUUUGAUGAAUUUAACUAAAGUGACUGCAAUCUAUUGGUAUCAGUAUAUAUCGAGAAAUAUUCUUAGAAAUAUUGUUUGGUUAUAUUGGGAAAAGUUGUUGAGACAAGCGAGACAAUAAUCACAAAACCUAAAUGUAGCAAGGGACGGAGUGUGAAGGAGGAUUGGGUAAGUGUCUGUAAGUUUCUGGAACAUGGGAUGGAAUACUAUUUAAAAGUCACUUCAAAAAGUGAAAAUCUAAAUAUUAAUUACUGGUAUGGAGAGCCAAUCAGAGGUAGCCUAAUGAGAAAGUCAACCGAUGGCAAUCAGAAGUAACCUAAAAGACGAGUGCAUUUCAUUGGCUAAGAAAUAGAUUAAUUUCUUAAGGAUUAGAGUGAUAUAUAUAUAUGAAUGAGUCUUUGUACAUUUUAUUCGGUAGCCCUAUGCACUUUCUGUCCCACUCUUGUGUUCUCGCUCAAGUAGUCAGUUAGAGAGUUAACGCGUAGCACACCAUGUAUCAGUGUCAGAUUUUGGACAUUGCCCGUCACAACAGAUACUUAUACCAAUAAUUCAGAAAUUGAUUCAAUCUGAAACAAGGGUGCUUAUGCGUGACUGGGGGUUUAUAAAUCCCUUUUCAGACUGAAAUAUUAUUAUCAUAUUGUUGUUUAUAAGAAACACUGCAGAUUCAUUGAUAAUUGUAGAUAUAUCGAGGCAAAUUGAACAUCGUCCAAAAUGUAGCAUGCUGCAUAUCCAUACGGAAGAAUAUAUAAAUUGUUAUUUUUUAUUUUACAGACAGAAACCUCUAUAGGCAACUUCAAUAAAUCCAUUAACCGUCCAUACGUUUUUUUUCCAAUAUUCAAUAAAAGUGUGAUGUUUAAUAUUUUCAAGCAUUCUCUCCUUUGUCUAGUGGAUGAGUGCUUCAUAUGAGGAUAUCAAUUAUCCCGGCAUAUGUAUAUAUGCCUUCCAUGAACAUCGCACUAUAGAGAAUUCUAAAUUAUCAGAUGAAAAUAAGCAAACAAAGUGAAAGUUAGAGCUUGAAAUGAAAAUCUCAGCGUAAAUUAUGCUCAUACGUGUUACACUCACCCCCUAGAUGAACGGGAAAAUUACUCGAAAAUAAUUUCUACCCUACACAUACUUAACAAUCAAAAAAGAGGAUGUGGAAUAAAUUCACAGACAUGCAUCCAAUCUCCGUGGUUAGUUUUACAAACGAAUUAAAAUUUUGAAAUUACUUUUAAAAAAAGUUAACCUUAAUUGUAACUAAUUAUUUUCCGUUAGGAAGCUUAUCCAUUUCGUAUGAAAGGAAUAAUCUAUUAUAAUGAACCGCCAAUUAUGGAAGUUUUGUUCAAAUUACUAGCACUGUGGUUGAGACCAAAAGUUAGAGAACGGUUUAUAAGAGUAAAAGGUAAUAUAAAGAAAGCCUAUGAAAAAGUACCUGGUCUUGAAAGUGUACUGCCUAGAGAAUAUGGUGGUCAUAAUAGAAGUAUUAAAGACAUUUUAAAAGAACAAAACGCUGAUUUUAAAGAAUACUUUUUAAAAAAUGAAAUAUUAUGGAGAGGUAUGGCAGUCAAUGAAAGAAAACGACCAGAAUCAUCGAAACGAUUGAUAGGUGAAUAUAAAGAAGCUGAUGAUAGAUCAAUGGGUACAACUGGAACAUUUAUUCCAUUACCCGUGAAUGACUAAUUUCUGAAUUCAUGUCGGAUUACAUUUAGACGAUAUAUUUUUUCUUUAAUAUCAAAACCAACAACAGUCAAAAUAGAUGUAAAUUUGUAUAAUUUAAUAAAAUGAAAGCAAUUAGUGAUUACUUAUUAUUAUUAUUAUUAUGGUGAAAUAGAAAGUACAAAAGUUUCG